GCCAAGCUGACUAGUAAUUUUGAUAGAUGUUUAACUAGCGUUUCGUAAGUUCAGUGACCAAAACCAAAAAACACGGUCAAACUUGACGGUCAAAUUAUAUGGUGGUAGUUGUUUGAGUUACAAAAAAUUGGAAAAUAAUUCAUUGUAUUUUUAAUACAUGGUGAGACAGGAGCUUCAGCAGAAGUGCAGUCACAAGAAUGAACGAGGAGAACUUCACACUGAGUCAUAAGCUGGUAUCUUCAUCAUACGUGCGCCAGGCUACACAGGCUCGCCACACUCAUGAACAGCUCAUCAGAACCCUACUAGAACAGGGAAAAUGUCCAGAGGAGGGAUGGAGUUCAAGCACCAUCGAACUCUUUCUAAAUGAGCUUGCUGUCAUGGACAGUAAUAAUUUCUUGGGAAACUGUGGAGUUGGAGAGAGAGAGGGUCGAGUAGCCUCUGACCUAGUGGCUCGAAGACACUACAGAUUAAUCCAUGGCAUUGGCCGAUCUGGUGAUAUUGCUGCUGUUCAGCCAAAAGCAGCUGGCUCCAGCCUACUCAACAAGAUCACCAAUUCAGUGGUGCUGGAUGUUCUUCGAUUUACAGGUGUUAGAAGUUUGUCUUCAUGCUUUGUGGUGCCUAUGGCGACUGGAAUGAGCUUGACGUUGUGUUUUCUGACCCUGAGACAUAGGAGGCCAUCAGCACGCUACAUUCUUUGGCCUCGCAUUGAUCAGAAGUCCUGCUUCAAAUCCAUGGUCACUGCUGGGUUUGAGCCAGUGGUGAUUGAGAAUGUUCUGGAAGGGGAUGAGUUAAGGACAGACCUGGAUACCCUGGAGAAGAAAAUUGUGGAACUUGGAGCUGAGAACAUCCUCUGUGUUCAUUCCACCACUUCCUGUUUUGCUCCUCGAGUCCCUGACAGGUUGGAAGAGCUUGCUGUUAUAUGUGCCAAACAUAAAAUCCCUCAUAUAGUCAACAAUGCAUAUGGAGUACAGUCAUCUAAGUGUAUGCACCUCAUACAGCAGGGUGCACGAGUGGGGAGGAUUGAUGCUUUUGUUCAAAGCUUGGACAAAAAUUUCAUGGUUCCUGUUGGAGGUGCCAUUAUUGCUGGCUUUGACGAGGACUUUAUUAAAGAUAUCAGUAAAAUGUAUCCUGGUCGUGCAUCAGCUUCUCCUUCUCUGGAUGUUCUUAUCACUUUGCUCAGCCUAGGGGCCAGUGGCUACAAGAAACUCCUGUCUGAAAGAAAGGAGCUGUACACCCACCUGGCUCAAGAACUAAAGGCACUGGCUGAAAGGCAUGGAGAGAGACUGCUGCACACACCACAUAAUCCUAUAUCACUUGCAAUGUCCCUAGAUGGUCUUCAGGCUAACUGUGAUAAAGCUGUUACCCAGCUGGGCUCCAUGCUCUUCACCAGACAGGUGUCUGGAGCUAGGGUUGUUCCACUUGGGGUAGAGCAAACUGUGAGCGGUCACACAUUCAGUGGCUUCAUGUCACAUUCGGAUGCCUACCCUUGCCCAUACCUUAAUGCUGCUUCUGCUAUUGGCAUCACCAAAAAGGAUGUGGCGAUUUUCAUCAAAAGACUGGAGAAGUGCCUUAAGGAUCUCAAAAAGGAAGCAAACAAAAAAAAUCUGUCAGUGUCAACACAGUCUAGUCCAGAUAACCAAACAGUUCCCUAACAAAAAACAAACAAACAAAAGAUUAGGCUGUGGAGCACUUCUUAUUGAAAAAAGCUUAUUGAAUGAAAGAACGUAUUAAUAUUUCCGUUGUGAAGUGAAUCUAGAGAGGAGCUAUAAAUAGUAUCCUUUACUGAGUCUUUAGUUGAGGAAGUAGGUCUUACCAGCAAGCCACAGAAAUAUGUCUGGAAUAUGAGUGUUCUAUUAAUAAAGAUGAUUUAUUUUUA